CGGCUCUGUACAUUCUUGUGAUCAUUCCAUUCUCUCUACACCCUUAUCAACCUGCGAAGGGCGCCACAACUUGAGCAGCGAGGAUUCGUCUCUACCUACCGGACAUUACAAGAUGAGUUUACACGGAGUCGAUCCUGCGAAUAUCCCAUCGCCUGAUGUGAACAAAUACAAGGCACUCUUCAUCUUCCUCCAGGUAUUCGGAGGGCAGAUCGGGAUGCCUUUAUUCGUUGGGACGAUGCUUCUCUCAUCGAGCGUGAAACGACAUCUGACACUUGUGAAUUUCUGCGUAUCGUGGAUUAUAUAUUCGAUUGUGUACUGCUUAACAAUUUAUCACGACGUGGAUCGAUUUACAGGUGUUGCUUCGCGUCUGUGCGUAGCUCAAGCAGGCUUAGUACACGGCGUCGUCCCACUAGCCGUAGUAACAUACUGUUCUCUCCACAUCCAAGUCUGGAUGGGCGUCCGAUGUGCAUUUGACCAGUCGUGUUGGCUGCAAACACAUAAGAAGAAAGUGCUCAUAACACUAUUCAUCGCUCCCUAUGUUGUGUUUAUAGCCUUUUCCGUCGGAGCGCUAGUGAUGUGUCUUAAGUACCCGGACCUCAUCGACCGAACGGGCUCGUAUUACUGCACGAUCAAUUAUAACCCACUAGUGUACGCAGUCCCUGGUUUCGCGGCCGGCGUGAUCGCAAUCAUGAUCAUCUUAGAGAUUAUAAUCGGCAUUACGCUCGUCCGACGCUGGAAGGCUGUUCGAUCAUCACAACGGCUGAAUGCGGCGUCUAUUUCAAUGAUCGUCCGGAUCGCCAUUUUUAGCGUGUAUGGAUUCGCUACACUUGCUGCAUGUGCGGCUUUCCUCGCUCGCUCACUCUCAAUCUGGCCUUACCUCGUUCAGGCAUCACUACCAACGGCAGUCUUCCUCAUGUUCGGCACACGACGUGACGUCUGGCAAGCGUGGUGUUUCUGGCAACGACACCAACCUUCUCACUAUCACCAUCGUUCAACCUCCUCUUCCUCAUCUUCAUCUGCGUUCAUCCGUACUCGUCGAUAUCCAUCGCAUGUCGAGCCGCUCUCGAUACGUGUUACACUUGAUACUGAGACGCAGACGAGCAGUGCUGAUUCCGAAAAGUUUAAUAGCAAGUUAGGAUUAGGAGAGAAGAAGCAGAGAAUCGGGAGCAAUGAAUCCGAUGUCGAUAUUUCGAGUUUGGAGAAGGGGAAAGUAAGGAGAGUGGAGCCUGGGGAAGUGAUCGUUAUUGAGUAGGUUCGGGCUACUCUCAUUUUUUACUCCUCUUUUUUUCUGUUUUCUGUUCUGGGUUGCAUUAGGAUUGGAGAGGAUGGCGGUCUUUUCUUUCGUUUAUUGCUCGCUGUAUUACAGUUACUAUUCAUUCUUCUCUGGCCGGGAUUGGUGGAACAUACGCAUUAACAGAGGACACGAUGUAUUCUAGCAGUGUAUAGAUGCUAAUUAGUAAUUUCAUAAUCCAAA